ACAAGCAGCUUGUCACAAGUCUCCCGUUUUCAGUGAACGAAUAAACUACAUAGUCGGAAAAAAAUAAAAACAAUGAAAUUUGAAAGUAUAUCACUUUUAUAAGUGUUAACUAGGAAACUGGUUAUAAUAGUUAAACAUUUCGUUAGUAAAUUUAUUGGUAUCAAGUGCAAAAAGAAUUCAUUUUCUUAAUUUAAAGUAUAAUAUAAGCUCGGGGAAACAAAGUUAUGAAUGAAUUGGAAACAGAUGGACCAGCCUCAAACGCUUUGACCCCAAAGAUCGAACAAGUCUCUCUUAUUGGUUUGGAAAAUAACAUUGGCGAAUUUCCCGAAAUUAAGAAAACAAUGAAUAAUCAGCAGAUCCGCCUGCCGAUUGAAGGCAUGACUUGCCAGAGUUGCGUAAGGAAUGUCGAGAGCACAAUAUCGGGAAAGCCUGGGAUUAUAAAUGUUCGCGUUGUUCUUGAAGAUAAAUGUGGUUAUUUUGAAUAUAACCCAGAGCUAACAGAUCCCUACAAAAUCGCAUUUGAAAUAGAGGAAAUGGGAUUCGAUUGUCCGUAUACACCAAGUACAUCACAUAAUGCAUCUGAAAAUGCUAAGGAAGGAGAUAACUGUGAGGGAGAGGCUCAAAUUCGCAUUAUUGGUAUGACUUGCAAUUCGUGUGUCCAGAAUAUUGAAGGAAAUAUAGGUACAAAACCUGGUAUAUUAAAAAUAAAAGUUAGCUUAGAUGAUAAGCGCGCUACGGUAAAGUACGAUGCAAAACAAUUUACGCCCACAGACAUUGCGGAAAUGAUUGAUGAUAUGGGUUUUGAGGCGAGCGUAUGGGAAAAAGAUAACGUGGGAGACGGAAUUAUUACAGCAGUGCUUUCAUCCGAGCAGAGUUCAAAAUCCCCUAAAAAGCAACAAGUGUCAGAUGCGAGUCCUUUGAACAAUUCUUCAAAAGCUCAUGCGGAAGUAUCUGUAGAUGAAGCACUAUCGAAAUGCUUUCUGCAUAUACGUGGUAUGACAUGCGCCAGUUGUGUAGCAACUAUUGAAAAACAUUGUAAAAAGAUAUACGGACUGGAUAGUAUACUGGUGGCACUACUUGCUGCUAAAGCAGAAGUAAAAUAUAAUGCAAAUGUCUUGACAGCGGAAAAUAUAGCCAAAUCCAUUACAGAAUUGGGAUUUCCUUCCGAAAUCAUCGAUGAACCGAGCAGUGGCGAAUCAGAGGUUGAAAUUGAAAUCACGGGUAUGACCUGUGCGUCUUGUGUUAACAAAAUCGAAACACAUGUAUUAAAAGUGAAAGGGGUUACUGCAGCGUCUGUUACAUUAAUGACUCGAAAAGGUAAAUUCCGAUAUAACACCGAACAGACGGGACCGCGCACCAUUUGCGAAGCAAUUGAGCAGCUGGGUUUUCAGGCAAGUCUUCACAAUGGCAGAGAUAAGAUGACGCACGACUAUUUGCAGCAUAAAGAAGAGAUUGCAAAAUGGCGCAAUGCUUUCUUGGUGUCUCUUAUUUUCGGCGGUCCCUGCAUGGUUGCCAUGAUCUAUUUCAUGAUGGAAAUGAAUGACAGAGGUCAUGCAGCUAUGUGUUGUAUAGUUCCCGGAUUGUCAAUGGAAAACUUGGUAAUGUUUCUGCUCUCAACGCCGGUGCAGUUUUUUGGUGGAUGGCAUUUUUACGUACAAUCCUUACGCGCAAUACGUCAUGGUACCACCAACAUGGAUGUAUUAAUUUCUAUGGUCACCACAAUAUCCUAUCUCUACUCCGUGGCGGUGGUGAUAGCCGCUGUGUUGAUGGAGCAAAACUCCUCACCAUUAACAUUCUUUGAUACGCCACCGAUGUUGUUGAUUUUCAUAUCUUUAGGUCGCUGGUUAGAGCACAUUGCAAAGGGAAAAACUUCAGAAGCGCUUUCGAAACUUUUAUCACUGAAGGCGGCUGAGGCUUUGCUGAUCGAUGUGACUCCCGACUUUGACAUCAAAUCAGAAAAAGUUAUAUCGGUGGACUACGUUCAACGUGGUGAUGUUCUCAAGGUAAUACCAGGUGCCAAGGUACCUGUGGAUGGCAAAGUACUCUAUGGUCAUUCCACAUGCGAUGAAAGUCUCAUUACGGGUGAAUCAAUGCCGGUUGCCAAACGAAAGGGGGCAGUGGUAAUAGGUGGUUCCAUUAAUCAGAAUGGUGUCUUACUUAUAUCUGCUACUCAUACUGGAGAAAAUACUACCUUAUCUCAGAUUGUACGCUUGGUUGAAGAGGCGCAAACUUCCAAGGCUCCAAUACAACAGCUAGCAGAUCGUAUUGCAGGUUAUUUUGUUCCUUUCGUUGUGGCAGUAUCGUCCAUUACAUUAAUCGGAUGGCUGAUCGCUGGGUUCAUUGAUCCGGACCUUGUGCCAGUAGCUAUGGAACACAAAAUGCACAUGGAUUCACAUGCAAUUGUCAUUAGUCAUGCAUUCAAGUGUGCUCUUAGCGUUUUGGCAAUUGCUUGUCCCUGUGCGUUGGGCUUGGCCACUCCGACUGCAGUCAUGGUAGCCACGGGCACUGGUGCAAUCAAUGGGGUACUUGUUAAAGGUGCCACAGCAUUAGAGAAUGCUUAUAAGGUUAAAACAGUGGUGUUCGACAAAACGGGUACCAUAACGCACGGAAUGCCAAUGACAUCUAAAAUAGUUAUGUUCGUUAAACCCGCUGUCUGUAGUUUAGCCCGCGCGCUAACUAUUAUUGGUGCGGCCGAGUCGAACAGUGAGCAUCCAAUUGCAUCUGCCAUAGUACGCUUCUCCAAAGAUAUGUUGGGUUUACAAACAUUUGGCAAAACUGAGAACUUUCUCGCAGUUCCUGGCUGUGGCAUCAAGGUCACUGUAUUGCAGUACGAACAAGCAUUACGUCAGGCUACUAAUGCUGAGAAAAUAAUAAACUAUGAAAAUAACUACCGUUCACAUCAAAAUACAGUGCAUACGGAGAACGGUGCGAGCAUUGAAGAACUAAUACCGCAGCUGCUUACUAGCAAAUCCAUGGAGCUCCAGCAGCAACAACAGUUGCUUCAACUAGACGAAACACUAUAUGGAAUCGCAGCAAAUGUAGAUACUGUCUCAACGGUACUGGGAAGUGAGAUAAAUGUGCUGAUUGGCAACCGUGAAUGGAUGAAUCGCAACGCUAUACCCGUGCCACAAGAAAUCGACAACUGUAUGAGUGAAGAAGAGUCAAAAGGACAUACAGCUGUGCUCUGCGCACUGAAUGGUCAAUUAAUAUGCAUGUAUGGGGUGUCAGACAUGGUCAAACCUGAAGCGCAUCUGGCUGUCUACACGUUGAAGAAAAUGGGCAUUAACGUGAUUUUGCUAACUGGUGACAAUGAAAAUACUGCUGCAAGUAUAGCUCGACAGGUUGGAAUUAAGCGCAUCUUUGCCGAGGUUCUCCCAUCGCACAAGGUGGCUAAAAUACAACUAAUACAAGAAAGUGGCGCCCGGGUUGCGAUGGUUGGUGAUGGCGUCAACGAUAGUCCUGCUCUUGCCCAAGCUGAUGUAGGUAUUGCUAUCGCGGCGGGUACAGAUGUAGCCGCUGAGGCUGCUGAUGUGGUACUUAUGCGUAACGACCUGCUUGACGUAGUGGCCUGCCUCGAUCUAUCGCGUCGCACAGUUCGACGUAUACGAUACAAUUUCCUGUUUGCCAGUAUGUACAACCUGCUCGGUAUACCGCUGGCUUCGGGUAUAUUUACGCCCCUCGGUUUCACAUUGCAACCGUGGAUGGCGUCAGUGGCUAUGGCGGCAAGUUCAGUUUCCGUAGUCUGUUCGUCAUUAAUGCUUAAAUGCUAUCGUAAGCCAUCGGCUGCGUCAUUGCGAACACCCGAAUAUAUAAAAUAUUUGAACCAAGAACGAGAAGGCGAGCACGAACCCGAUCAAUUGUCCUUACACCGUGGUUUAGAAGACUUGCCGCGCGCCAAACUAAAUCGCUCAAACAGUUCUUUGUUGUCACGAAUUUUCCUUCAAGGAGGGCCACAUAGCCGCUACGAUCACAAUCAAAGUAGUCUUUUGGAGACGGACGGUGGUGAAUUCACACCAAAGAUUAUAAAGACCAAGAAUAUCAAGAACGUGACUGAAAUGCAGAAACUGUAGAGUGAGACAAGGCAAGUGUAGUAGUAUUUGUCUGUAGGCAAUGAAAUGUAGAAGUUGUUUUUGUUAUUUUAUAUGUUAUUAUUAUAUAUCUGAGACGUAUAUAAAUUAUAAGCAUAAGUAGCACACCGCAGAAAAUUUUCCAUACCUUUAAUUUUUUCGUGUUUAAUACCAACUCUUUUGUACUUUUUUUACUAUGCCAAUUGAGAGCAUUUACUUUGUACAUAUGUGUACAUAUAUAAUCAAUAAGCAUCUGCGCUAAGUCAACGGGUACUUAGCGACGAACAAAUAUUAAUUAAGCUAAUCUAUACAUAACAUUUUUUUCAACUUUUGCCUAUCUACAAAUACCCAACCUGAACAAUAAAAUCCUUAAAGGUGCGACAUACCCAAUAAGUGUGCAUAUAAAAUCGUUAAACAUAUUAAACACUAUUUUUAUAUAUAUACAAUAUAGUCAUACACAUACAUAUACUUCGAAACGAUUAAGAAUAAAGACCCUGUAUCAGUGAAAAUCCCAA